CGGAGAAUUCGUCGAGCUACUAAACAACUUAUGUCAUCUAAGCGCGAUAGACGCUCCAGAAUCAAUUUAAGUUAGGCGCCUGCACAUGCGAAGCCAACUGGUUUCAACUUCCGACGUGCGAAUGUUGUUUCUUUGCUCCCACCCUCGUACCCAACUUCGAAUUAAGGCCUAUGGAUCAAUUUGCCAACCCUUGGUCACCUCCACCUCCAAGUUACAGUACCUUUCCAAAUGACCGUCCAGGUCCAAGCAAUGAGCAGACACCACUGAACCAUCCAAAACCCAAGAGGUUCAGGAGGUGUUCGUAUACCUUAAAGGUCCUGAUCGUCCUCCUCUUGCUAGCGGCCUUCACCUGGCACUGCGUCGACGACUACUCCAACACCCAUCGCACGGACGUCCAGGAAAGGAUCCGCCAUCGUGAAGAGUUAGAACGCUUAAGGCGGAUCGAGCACGAGGACGCUCAGCGAAAGCAAGCGCAUGAGCUGGAGGACGAAGAGCGGCGGAAGACGUUUGAAGAAGAGGACGAAUGGAGGAGGUUGGCGCAUGGAGCAGAGGAUGAGCAGCGGCGGUUAGCACAUGAGAAGGAGGACAGAGAGAGGAAAGAAGAGAAGGAAAGAGAAGGACGCAGGAAGCGCGCAGGGCUGAUCUGGCACGACUUGACGGCGGAGGAGCAGUGUUUGAGUUACGAGACGAGGAUGUAUCAUGCAGACCUGAUGAACAUUCCCUAUGGAGAGGAUGCAGAGAGUUGGUGCAUGAAUACGGCUAUUGACAUCCAUGGAGUCACGUAUGACCAUCCAGACUUUUGCACGAAGGAAAGACAGGAUGGUGCCAUUAGAAUUGUUGGUCAUUGGACCGCAACAUCGAACGAACCGACGUGCAAGACAUGGUGGGGUAAUCACAAGAAGAAGGGCUGCUACGGUUCCCACAAAAUGCGUGUUGAAGCACAGAUGCUCAACUAUCAAGGGCCUUGGGACAACUGGGCUGAGAUGUGCUUCUCCACCCCCUCUGAAAUCGCCCGGAAGACCUUUGCUCACCCUGAUACUUGCGAAAAGGGUAUAUUUGGUAUCUUUGGAAGCUGGUUCAUCGAUGUCGAUGAAAGCGAGUGCCCGUGAAUGGUUGAGGUCGCCGGACUUGUAUUUUGUCGUUUUUCGCUGUUUCUCGCUAUCGGUCGAUCAUUGUAAUUAACAGAUUGUAGAAUAUAUAUCAACGAUCCAACAUCAUGUCGAUGCACCGGGUAGGGAUGCUGCUUCCGCUCCUCUAACGUGUAGUCAUUUUGGG